AUGGCUCGUGGCCCCCCUCGGACCAGCCCCAGGCAGGGGUCCCAACUGCUGCCGCUGCUUCUGCUGCUGCUGCUUCGGGACGCAGGCGGCAGCCACAAUGCUCCCGCCUGGUCCGCACCUCCCGCGGCCGCCGACGACCUGCGCGGGGACAGGGACUCCCAGCGGCCCCCGGGGGAAGCGGCAUCCACGCUGGGCCCCGGCGCCCAAGACAUGGUUGCUGUCCACAUGCACCGGCUCUAUGAGAAGUACAGCAGGCGGGGCGCGAGGCCAGGAGGGGGCAACACUGUCCGCAGCUUCCGGGCUCGGCUGGAUGUGGUUGACCAGAAGACCGUGUAUUUCUUCAACCUGACUUCCAUGCAGGACUCGGAAAUGAUCCUCACAGCCACCUUCCAUUUCUACUCUGAACCACCGCGGUGGCCCCGAGCACGCGAAUUGCUGUGCAAGCCACGCACCAAGAAUGCAUCGUGCCGCCUGCUGCCGCCGGGCCUACCUGCGCACCAGCACCUGCUGUUCCGCAGCCUCUCACAGAACACGGCCACGCAGGGGCUGCUUCGAGGGGCCAUGACUCUGGCGUCCCCGCUGCGCGGCCUGUGGCAGACCAAGGACAUCUCCCCCAUCGUCAAGGGGGCCCGCCGAGAUGGUGAGCUGCUCCUCUCCGUCCAGUUGGACUCUGGGGAGAAGGACCUGGAGGCGCCCAGGCCCAGCUCCCACGCUCCCUAUGUCCUUGUCUAUGCCAACGACCUGGCCAUCUCAGAGCCCAACAGCGUGGCAGUGACGCUGCAGAGAUACGACCCCUUCCCGGCUGGAGACCCUGAGCCCCGCGCAGCCCCCAACAGCUCAGUGGACCCUCGCGUGCGCCGGGCGGCACAGGCCUCCGGGCCCCUCCAGGACAACGAGCUGCCAGGGCUGGACGAGCGGCCGGCACGGCUCCCCCACACACAGCACUACCACAAACAUGAGCUGUGGCCCAGCCCCUUUCGGGCUCUGAAGCCCAGGCCAGGGCGCAGGGACCGCAGGAAGAAGGGCCAGGACUUGUUCAUGGCCUCCUCACAGGUGCUGGACUUCGAUGAGAAGACGAUGCAGAAGGCCCGAAGGAAGCAGUGGGACGAGCCGAGGGUGUGCUCCCGGAGGUAUCUCAAGGUGGACUUCGCAGACAUCGGGUGGAAUGAAUGGAUUAUCUCACCCAAAUCCUUCGACGCCUACUACUGUGCUGGAGCCUGCGAGUUCCCCAUGCCCAAGAUUGUCCGUCCAUCCAACCAUGCCACCAUCCAGAGUAUUGUCAGGGCUGUGGGCAUUGUCCCAGGGAUCCCAGAACCCUGCUGCGUUCCCGACAAGAUGAACUCCCUUGGCGUCCUUUUCCUGGAUGAGAACCGGAAUGUAGUUCUGAAGGUUUAUCCCAACAUGUCUGUGGAGACCUGUGCCUGCCGGUAAGACCGCUUCUGGGUGGAAGGAAGCCUCCACCCCACCCCUCACCCAGCAGAGCAGCGUGCUUUGAACCUUCUGGAGCCAGGACUUGGGGUGCAGCUACUUACAGGCAAUCCCACCAGGGCUCAGAAAGAUCCGUCCACCAAGGCCUCAUUCUAGGGUCUUUCUUUGUUUUUUGACUAAAUGCCAACCUGAGUCUCUGAAGAAGUCUGAGAAUUAGCACUGGUCUAGAGGUUGCCCAUCAUCCAUGCCCACUAUUCUGAAAGACUGAAAACCGAACAGGUCCACAAUGUUGGCUUUAUGUUGAUUAUCAUAAUGGAAGAAGAAGACUAUGCAAAUCUUAGGGCACUCGCUCCCUGCACAUGGAAAGAACUUCUGUUUAAAUGCUCAGUUGAGAACACUUUGGGCCACAUAGUGAUCCUGGAAAACAGGAUAAUAAUGGUGUAAAUGGGUGUUUCCUUUCAAACUCCACUGCAAAAGCUUUUAUACCUACAGUAUGCACAUGUAACCAAUGUUGGUUUCUUUUUCUUAAUAUAUAUUUUAUUUUAAAAACAACAAAAAAGGAGAGAUUUGACACCAUUCCCCACAGAAAUAGUCAUGCUGAGUAACUGUGGGUUGUUUAAACAUGCAUAUUGAAAUAACAUACAAUAAUAUGUUGGAGUACUAAAAAAUAACCAAGAUUUUGUAUUUUUGUAAAUUAUACUUUCUAUACUGUAGGUUGUGUAUGUUAUGUGUUUUUAUGAAAAGCUAAUAAAUUAAAGGUACAGUGGUAUCUUGAAAAACUGAAU